CGUAAAGUCUCCGCCGGCAGGUUUGGUCCGACCGGACACCGACACCAGCACCAACAGUCUGAAGUGUCAGAUAGUCUUGUUAACACGUGAGAUAUUCAGUGUAUGGAAGAGAGUGAAAGGAAUGGAAACCGGGAGACAGAGGGCUGCAAAGUAACACGGAAGAUACGUUUUGAGAGAGAGAGAAAGAGAGAGGGAGAGAGAGAGAGAGAGAGAGAGAGCCCGACUUGGAGGGAACUGCGGAGGACCUAAUGAGGGAAUGCCGAUAAGGAGAGCAGACACACGGGCCGAGCACCAGACAUGAGUCCGAGAAUUCUGUUGUUGCAGGUGGCGGACUGAAGACGAUGCUGGAUGCCAUGGAAGUUUCAAGUCAUGCUAGGGAUCUCCUCCUGCAGCUCAACAGCCAACGAACCAAAGGCUUCCUGUGUGAUGUUAUCAUUGUGGUGCAGAACGCCCUCUUCAGAGCUCACAAGAACAUUCUGGCGGCCAGCAGCCUCUACUUGAAAUCUUUGGUGGUCCAUGACAAUCUCAUCAACCUCGACCACGAGAUGGUGAGUCCAGGGGUCUUCAGGGUCAUUCUGGACUACAUCUACACAGGCCGCCUUAGUGAGGGAGACCCCACUUCUCCCGCUGAACCCAAUCUAGGCGCUGUCUUGGCAGCAGCCAGCUACCUUCAGCUGCUUGAUUUAGUGGCUUUGUGCAAAAAGAAGCUGAAAAGAAAUGGCAAGUACCCUCCCCGCCCAGGUCCUGCAUUUCUGCCCUACCCAAAGAUGGGGCCCAAUAAUAUGGGUUUAGGGAGUGGUGGCAGGUAUAGGAUUUCUACUCCUGUCAUUCAGUCCUGCCCUCCAGGAGGAAUUUUAAAUAACAAUGCAACUCGAGCAUCACCACUAGAGGAGCUAGUUCCCCAUCGGCUAGCCGUUCACGCUGCGGAACUGUAUGCUCCCACCUCCAUCCAGGGCUCUCAGGUGUUCCCGUCCCUGCAGUCAGCUCUGCCUGCCCAUAUUGGGCGCUCAGCCCACCCUGAGAGGAACUGCUCCCCCAGCUAUGGCCUUGAUCUCUCCAAGAAAAGCCCCAACUCCCAGUCUCAGCACACACAGUCUCAAUCCCAUCUGGCGAACACUCACAACGAUGAGGAGCGAGACGGGACUCUGAGCGGACGCACUAGUCCCACGCAGGGGACGAAUGGAAGGGCCUUCCCCUCAGAAAAAAUGGAGUCGACUGACCAGAUAAGCUCCCUCACUCCUCCACCAUUCCUCCAUCUCAACCAGCCUCUUGGCCCACACCUCCCCCACCUGCACCGCUCAGGCUCCCAGGGAAGAGAUCGCUACCCAUGCCCCCCCAGCCCUGACACCCCCACAGAUGGUGGAGAGGCAGGCAGAGAUAUGGGAAACAUCUACCGCUGGGUGAAACACGAGCCCCUCUCAUACACAGCUGAAGAUGAAGAUGAGGAUGAGGACGAGGAAGAAGCGGGGGAAAAUGGAGAACAGCAUCAUAACAACCACAAGGCCGGGGAGGAGAGUGAAGGAGCCGAUGACAAGAGCGGGUCAGGCACAGAGGAGACGGGCAGUAGUGAAGGCCGCCCGUCCCCUUCUGGAACAAUGGGGAGGUUCCACAUGCCGUAUGAGCCGGAGAGCUUCGGGGACAAUCUGUAUGUCUGCAUUCCCUGUGACAAAGGCUUUCCGAGCUCAGAGCAACUCAAUGCACACGUGGAGACACACACGGAAGAAGAGCUGUACGGUAACUCCGGUGGGGAGAUGGGAAACAGCAAUAACGGCAGCACCAAGAACAUGAGCAGCAAUACAAACGGUUAUGGGAGCCUGAACAGCUGCAACAGUUUGAACAGUCUGUCCCACCUGGAGACCAAGUCCAGUCAGAGUUCAGGGGGCAUCGGGGAGAUGAUCCGACCCUACCGCUGUUCCUCCUGUGAGAAGUCCUACAAAGACCCAGCCACUUUGCGCCAGCAUGAGAAGACCCACUGGCUGACCCGGCCUUACCCCUGCAGCAUCUGUGGCAAGAAGUUCACGCAGCGGGGCACUAUGACGCGCCACAUGCGUAGCCACCUGGGCCUUAAACCUUUUGCCUGCGACUCCUGUGGCAUGCGCUUCACCCGUCAGUAUCGCCUAACCGAGCACAUGCGCAUCCACUCAGGCGAGAAGCCCUAUGAAUGUCAGGUGUGCGGCGGGAAGUUUGCUCAGCAGCGCAACCUCAUCAGCCACAUGAAGAUGCACAGCAGUGGAGGGACUGCAGGGGGCCUGACCGCAGAUGGGAAACUGAAGCUGGACUUUGCUGAGGGCAUCUAUCCUCUGAGUAAAUAUGCAGCAGAGCAUUUGGGGCUGAAGCAGGAGAAGGCCCAUGAGCUUCUCAUCCAAGCCCAGCAGCAACUGGUAGCUGAUGCAAAGGUCAUGGAAAGCCUCUACCCGCUGUCCAAACUGGCCUCAGAGCACCUGGGCCUCGCCCACGACAAGAUGGAUGUCCUGGGUCAACCCCUCCCACCUCCUCCACAGGCCCUCUCUGAAGCCCGCACCAUUGACCGCUACUCACCCAGCUAAGGCCACAUGACCUGUACAAAUGGAGGUCAACAAUAGAUCUGUGCACACAUAACUUGCAGUAUUCUAAAGCCAUUCACCUCAACACAAUAUCUCCUCUGCACCUCAGACGCAGGCCAGGAGGAAUCUGUCUGCUCAUGCACACCAAAAGGUGUAGACUCUAAGUGCCUUUUUAUGCAUCUAAUGUAUCUUAAUAUCCUCCUUCAUAAAGGAGCUCUGUGCUAUUCCGUGACCAAGAGACACUUACUCAAAGAAGUCCAGUAUUUAUGUACAGUGUAUGCAAAAAAAAACAAAAUUACAGCCAUUGAGCCAAAGUGACAAAUUGAAACCCAAAAUGAAAUUGUUUUAUUUAUUUUUGUAUUUUGGUGAAAUCCAAAGAGAAACUGUUGCAAGGAAAUGUUGCAAUCUGACCCUAAACUGUGUACUAUCAAGUACCAUCAGUGUACAAAAGAAAUGAAAAAGCACAUAAAAGGACAAGAUUCAGGGUUUGAGUCCAGACCUGAGCGGAACUUUUACCAAAUGAAUAAGCCAACUCUUCUGGACUUUAAAGUAAUGGGAGGACAAAUUCUUUUUUCUUCUUCUGUUUUUUUGGGUACAGGAUCAUUUAUGUAUCCCAGUUUCUCCGAAUCAUGUUCCUGCUUCCCGAGUCGCAAGGGAAUGACUGCAUCUCGGUAAAGUCUCCUCUGUUUUAUUUUCUCCACAUUUUUAAAAGUAACCCACUACCCCACAUAUCUGUGCAGAUAAAGACUCAUGCUAUGUGACAGUAAUGGUAAGCUUAAUCAGCCUUACACGCAGCUUGUAACCCUUCUUGACCUAAAACUUCCUUUGCAUUUUGACUAACAUCCCUUAGCUUUCAGUUGUUAUUGAAAUGCAAUAAGCAAAGCCCUGUGUGAUCUCAUAACUGGGACACGAUUGCACAUACCCAACUGAUGACACACUAAUCCCUGUUCAUGAUGAGCGUAGCUUCAUCUCGCGGUGCAGACGAAGCAUGGGUGUUGCCUCUGACAUUGUGUAAUAUUUACAAUUAUGGAUGCAGCCGAGCGGAGAGGCAGGGACGAGGUCAGAAUGAAUGGCACAGAAAUCUGUCAUUUGCUUUCAACGGCAACUACUCUAUUCGCAGCAGCCUGAUGAUUAAUCGCGUAGCGACGGUAGUCAGAUGUCGCGUUGCCACAGCUCCACUGUCCCACCUCUCAUUUGACCUCCCUCCCCUGCAGACGGUUGUCUGGGAGCCCUGCUACUGUUGACAGGCCAAAGUGAGUGCUGUACUCAGCCCUUUGCCUUAAAAGCGCUUCGCUCCACUCACCCUGCACACAUAUAUACACACUCCCGCCCCUCCACACACACAUAGCGAGCUGCUAAUCUGUCCGUGAUAUGAACACAAGAAGGGGUUUGUGGGUCUUCCCCAAAGCCAGCGGGUGAACAGCACACCCCAGCUGCUGUGCCUCGGUAAUCCCUGUGAAAUCUCACUUUCUCCUGGACAAUUCCCACUGCUCGCCGGCGUGAUGUCCCAUUUCAUGCCUGCCAUCUUACCCCUCUGAUCCACUUAUUAACAUCAUAUCCAAGCCGAGCGAAUGUCUCCCUGCCCUGCCUCCCUUUCCCGCUUGUAUCAAACCCGAAAACAAAGAAUGACAUAUUUCUGUGUUGGCUGACCUAAAGUUCCUCCAGCUUGAAAACAAAAGAGUACUUAAAGGUUGUGGGUUGACGGCACAUUUUUUUGUCUUUAAAAUGUUUAUUCCAAAGAAUAUGCUGGCCUUUGAUUUUAUUUUGCCACUUUUACUGGUAGGAAUGGAAUGUCUGACCACUAUUGUGCCAAUGCCAACCUCAGUGGGUGAAUGUGAAGACUAAAGCCAUAAAUACACUGUGAUAGAGGUAGUGAAUCCUAAAGGCUUAAAAAACCCAAAACAGAGACAAUGUGCCUGACUUUUGGGAUUGUUAUUCUUUAAAUGUCACAAUAAUUUGAGGGCUUCUUCUCUGUAGCAUAUGAUCAUAUCAAACAUGUUGUUUUCUGUCACUUUUUAAAAUUUCUUUUUUAUUUGAACUGCGCACGAGAAACUGGUGCUUACCUCAGGACUGAACCCAGCAUGGGGACGCUAAGCUUUACUAUCCUUCCAAUUACAUUGUCUACACACACUUACACAGACACCCAUGCACACACACACACUUUUUUAAAUGUUCUUAUCAACAGGGCAGUUGUCCUGUGUUAAACCUGUGGUUAUUUCUGUGUUUAUACAUUUCUUGUUUUAUGGUGAAGAGAUAACAUGUGAUAUUAACAUUUUCUUUGUUUUGAUUUUUUUUUUACUAUGCGGUAUACAUUUUCUAUUGUGUUGUCCUCAAAGAGGCUUGUGCUGGUAUGACCAAUUCCAUUGUUAGAACACAAGGCAAAGUCAUUUUGGUCGUAUCUUAACUGGCUGUUUGUGAAUUUCUGAACCACACUUUAGAGAGCAUGAUGGAUUUGAUCUUUGGUUUUGACCACACAGAAUAUUCUCAGUAUUUCCCUAAACGGACGAACAGUGGCUUUACAGGGCGAGAAUGAAAAGUAGCCUCAUGUUUCUCCAGAGGUUAGUGAACUUUCAAUGACGAGAGCCAGACUGAGGCUGUAUACAUGCACACAAACACACAGGAAGCCAGCUUGUUUUGGAUGAUGCUUCAAGUUUUGGGACUCUUUUGUCUAGCUCUGUAACAAAAAAGAAA